AUGCAAAAGUCCAGCAGCGAAAAAGAAGGAAAGGCCCAGUGCAGUGAGCCAAAGAUGGAGGACGAACAUCCUUAUAGAGCAUUGGAAGGCCAGAGAAUGGAAGGGAAUUUCAGACAGCGGCUGCUUGAGUCUCUUGAAGAAUUUAAAGACGACUUAGACUACAGGCAUUUUAAAGGCGAAGAAAUGACAGGAGAGGAAGAAGAGAUGGAAAGGUGUUUGGAAGAAAUAAGAAGUUUGAGAAAAAAAUUUAGGGCUCUGCAUUAUAACCAUACCCAUUCUCGGGACCAUCCCUUUUAA